UGUGUUCGGCUCUCGUUCGUUCGCUUGUUCGUUCGUUUUAUUCUUUUUGUUCUUCUGGCUUGUGUUGAUUUUAUAGCACACUCUCAGUGCUGAGGCCUAACUGAAGCUUUAUAUUCCUGUCGCAGACGCGCUAUCGCAUCAGUUUCGUUUGAACGCUCGACAAGGCGAGUUGUGCAGCAGCAGCAGCAGCAGCAGCGGCGGCAGCAACAGCAGCAGCAGCGAGCAGCGGCAGCAGCAGCAACAGCAACAUUUGAAAGAACAUAGUCAGAAUCACAAUUCUCAAAUAAAAUAUCAAAAUACACAGAAGCAAAGCGCUCGACAACAACAACAUUUAAGACUCAUCCAAAACUCGAAAACAUCUUCGCAAUAUAUCUUCCUCUUUGUAAAUUAUUUGCAAUUAAUGUUCAUGUUGCUCACAAAUUAAAACCAAUCAACAACAUCAACAUCAACAAUAAUAACAAACAACAAAUAGUGAGAACAACAUUUACAUUUAUCAGAGAGACUUUGCUAUCAACAACUCUUUUUUUUUAUUGUUUGUUCGUUCAACACUAAAGUGCAAGUGCAGUGCUGAAGAUCUACCAAAAAAAAAAGAAAAACAACAAUUCAAAAUACUUUAGAUCACGAAAUCAAAACAAAAGACAACCAUACAAAACAAUUUGGAAAAUUCUAAUUGAAACGAAACAAAAACCGAAAAGAAAAAGCAAAAUCAAUUCAUAAGGAAAGAAAACACAAAAUAUAAGAAAACAAAUCCUUCAUAUUUUCAUAUCUCACAAUUUGAUUUGUGUGUCAGUCUUAUUUUUUUUUCGGUGUAAGAAUUUUUUGAUUGUUUAUCGCACAAAAUGUGCACAAAAUUCUCAUCGGAUUCGAACGACUGAAAAGUGCGUCGUUCUCAGGACAAUUUUCUGCUUGUGAGAAGCAAAAACUUUGAUUAAUUAAAAGUAAAGGAAAAACAAUACGAGAGCAACAAUAGCAGCAGCAACAACAACAGCAGCAGCAACGACAACUUUAGUUGUUGUCGAGCGUUGGCGACGCGCAGCCAACGCUUUGACCCACAACAACAACAACAACAACAGUCACAGCAAGGACAUCAAGGACAAACGCACCAACUUUGUGAACUUUUUUUCUGUGCAAAGAUCGUUUCGAAAGACAAACAAAUCAAACCCAAACAAAGAAAAUCUAACAACAUUUGCAGCAAAUCAUCGAAAUGGAAUUGAGCAUCGCAAUUUUGAAGCAUUUAGCCAACUACAACAACAGCAACAACAACAACUAUUACAACUGCAGCAGCAACAACAAAUCUACAGAGUGUUAUAAAAAGCAGUUCUUGAGCAGCUACAACAAAAACAACGACAAACAGCGACAGACAACAACCAACAGUAACGGCAACAGUAAAAAGAGCAGCAGCAACCAUAGCACAACGAUUGCAGCAACAACUGCAACUUCAGCAACAUCAACAAUAUUUAUCAACAACCAAAGCGACAAAGCGUCAACAGCAGCAGCAACAGCAGCAAUAACAACUGCAACCAUUGCUCACAACGCUGAAGCAACCGUCCAAAAAGCAGCUGUCAGUCCAUUCAACAGCAGCAGCAGCAGCAACAACCACAGCAGUAGCAGCAACCAGAACAACAACUAGACAGCAGUAACAAUUACAAACAAAAAUAACAACUAAAAUCAAAAUCAACAGAUUCAGACAACAAUAGUGACAUAUUCCUAACAAGCAACCAUCGAUUAACAAUCAAUCAAUCUACAACAACAGCAACAGCAGUAAUAAAAACAAGAACAAUGCAGCGUCUACGAACAACAUUCACGCGAUCGCGAACUCCGACGGGAGCUGAAAUGAAAAUGCAGAAUAGUCUCGAGGUGCCCAAGCAGGUGCGCUCCGCUUCCUUCGACGAGAUGCAGCUGGAGGCGCAGCGCGUGUCGGCGCAUCUGCUGAAGCAGCAAUCGUCCUCGUCGGCAGAGGAACGCAGCUCGGAUGGCGGAUACCUGCAGGUGCCGCAGGCGGCGCAUGCUCAGCGCUCGCACAGCUUCGACUCUGCAGCGGCGUCGGUGGGCAGCGACGAUUCGGGCGCCUUUCUCGAGGUGCCGCGUCGUUUGAAGACACGUCGCAGCUCAUCGACGAAGACGCCGCCGCCCUGCAUUCACUGCUACUAUGUGGAGCAAUAUGAGAAGCAGAUGAGCGCCGAGCAGCGUUACUUUAUCGAUCAUCGCGAACUGACGACGCUCAGCUACAGCAACACCAGCUCCGAGGUGAGCGACGACGAUGAUGAUGAUGAUGUCGAGGACAUUACCGAGGCGCUCGAGGAUGAUGACGACGACGAGGAGGACGAAGAGGAGGCCGAGGCUGAAGCGGAGCCGGAUGAUGGCCGAACCGGUGGCCCUGGCGGCGAAGCCGAUGCCGAGGCAGAUGCCAGCGCUGGCGGAGAACUGCUGGACGAUGAUGCGGCCGUCGAGAUGGACAUACGCAUGUCCAACCUGAGCAUGGGCAGCAGCAUCGAGGAGUCACGGGCCCGCCUGCCACGGCAGAUGCGUCGCCACACCAUUGGCAGCUCGGUGACGACCUCCGAGGACGAGGGACUCGAGGGUUCCGAUCACGGUUCGCCGCACUUUGGCAACACGCUGUUGCCGCCGCAACCCGCAACGCCGUGUGGCAUCACCUUCACGCUGUCGCCGACCAACGGCGACUAUCCGCCGCUGCCCAGCUAUGCGUUCCCCAUCGAUCCCAGCUCGCCGCCUCUGACACCAAACUCGUCGCUAAUGCGCUCCAAUCUAGCGCUGGAGUUGCCCUCAUCCUCGGCCACCGGGCAACUGCAGCUGGGCGCCACAGCCGUGGCAGCAGCUGCUGCACUCACGCUGCCCGCCAUUGCCACCGGUGGCAGCGGUGGCAUCGGUGGCAGCGCCGCAAGCAGCGCCACCUGUGCCAGCGCCGAUGCCGAAGAUGCGGGCGCUGCGAUGGGCGUGCCGAUGCGGGCCAGACGUCGCUCAAUAUCGCGGCAGGAGGCCAUCUUCGUGGAGCCCACGGGCAAUUCGCUGGAGAACGUGUCGCAUGAGGAGGUGGACAAUAACAGUGGGGCGCACAAAUCAUCGAUGGACACCGCCGAUUCGCUGGAGGAAGCAUCCACCAUGGCCACCUGUGGCUCACCCAUGGCACAAGCAGCAAGUGGAGGAGGAAGUGGAGCUGGAAGUGCCACCGCUGCGGCACAUCAUGCUGCAUUUGUGGUGCGCGACAUUUACUUGACCGUGCCGGAUCUGAAGCGUGAUCGCGCCGCCUCGGUGGACUCCUGUUUCUCCAAGGUCUCCUCGGGUGGCAAAACCGAGGAGCUGCAGCCCUCCGGCGACGGCUGCUUCCUGGCGGUGCCCAACAUCAAUGCGACGCGUUCCCGUUCCGUCGACAUUGUCCUGCCCACCGAUGAGCAGGCGCGCUACAAGGCGCUGGCGAUGACCGGCAGCGGUGGAGCAGCCGCUGGUCUCUAUGCAGCCGACGGACGCACGGCCUCGUCGAGCAAUGCGCGUAGACCGAUUCGCAUUGUGCCGGACUGGACAGAGAAUGCGGUGCAGGGCGAGCACUACUGGAAGCCCACCUCGGCCUCUGGUGAUCUCUGCUGCCUCAACGAGGAGUGCAUCAAGAGCGGACAGCGAAUGAAGUGCUCGGCAUGCCAGCUGAUUGCCCAUCAGAAUUGCAUUCCAAUUGUGAAUGAAAAGACUCAACUAGUGUGUAAGCCAACAUAUCGAGAUGUCGGGAUCAGGCAGUAUCGGGAGCAGACAACAACCCAUCAUCAUUGGGUGCAUCGCAAGUUGGAGAAGGGCAAGUGCAAGCAGUGUGGCAAGGCGGUGCAGAGUAAGCUCUUUGGCUCAAAGGAGAUUGUCGCCUUGUCCUGUGCCUGGUGCCAUGAGAUUUACCACAACAAGGAGUCGUGCUUCAAUCAGGCCAAGAUUGGCGAAGAGUGUCGCCUGGGUGACUAUGCGCCCAUUAUUGUGCCACCAUCGUGGAUUGUCAAGCUGCCCAACAAGGGCAACUUCAAGUCCUCGAUUCGUGUGAGCAACAAGAAUAGCGCUGCAGGCGGUGCUGGCGGCGGUGGUGGAGGCGGUGGCGUUGGCGGUGGCGGCGGUGCUGGCGGCAAGAGCAAAAAGCAAUUGCAGAAACGCCAGAAGGGCAAGGAGGAGAAGAAGGAGCCGCGCGCAUUCAUUGUGAAGCCCAUUCCAUCGCCGGAUGUAAUACCGGUCAUUGUCUUUAUCAAUCCCAAGUCCGGUGGCAAUCAGGGCGUCAAGCUGCUCGGCAAGUUCCAGCAUCUGCUCAAUCCACGUCAGGUGUUUGAUCUGACACAAGGUGGUCCCAAAAUGGGACUUGACAUGUUCCGCAAGGCGCCGAAUUUGCGUGUCUUGGCCUGCGGCGGCGACGGCACUGUUGGCUGGGUGCUCUCCGUCCUCGACCAGAUCCAUCCGCCGCUGCAGCCGGUGCCCGCUGUGGGCGUGCUGCCCCUUGGCACUGGCAACGAUCUCGCUCGUUCGCUGGGCUGGGGUGGGGGCUACACGGAUGAACCGAUUGGCAAGAUACUGCGCGAGAUUGGAAUGUCGCAGUGCGUGCUCAUGGAUCGCUGGCGAGUGCGAGUGACGCCCAACGAUGAUGUGACCGACGAUCAUGUGGAUCGCAGUAAACCGAAUGUCCCAUUGAAUGUGAUCAACAACUAUUUCAGCUUUGGCGUCGAUGCGCACAUCGCACUCGAAUUCCACGAGGCUCGCGAGGCGCAUCCGGAACGCUUCAAUUCGCGACUCCGCAACAAGAUGUACUAUGGCCAGAUGGGCGGCAAGGAUCUGAUACUGCGCCAAUAUCGCAACCUCUCCCAGUGGGUGACGCUCGAGUGCGAUGGCCAGGACUUCACCGGUAAGCUACGCGACGCUGGCUGCCACGCCGUGCUCUUCCUAAACAUACCCAGUUAUAGCGGCGGCACGCAUCCCUGGAGCGAUUCGUUUGGCCAGACGAAACCGGCCAUCGAUGAUGGCCUCAUGGAGGUGGUCGGGCUAACCACCUACCAGCUGCCCAUGCUGCAGGCAGGCAUGCACGGCACCUGCAUCUGCCAGUGCCGCAAAGCGCGCAUCAUCACCAAACGCACCAUUCCCAUGCAGGUCGAUGGCGAGGCCUGUCGCGUCAAGCCCUCGAUCAUUGAGAUCGAGCUGCUCAAUCAGGCUCUGAUGUUGUCCAAGCGCAAGCACGGACGCGGCGAUGUCCAAAUCAAUCCGCUGGAGAAGUUGCAGCUGGCCAUACUGAGAGUGACAAUGCAGCAGUAUGAGCAAUAUCACUACGACAAGGAAAUGCUGCGCAAGUUGGCCAACAAACUGGGACAAAUUGAGAUCGAAUCGCAGUGCGAUUUGGAGCAUGUGCGCAAUUUGUUGAAUGCCAAAUUCGAGGAGUCCAUAUCGUAUCCAAAGGUCUCGCAGGAUUGGUGUUUCAUCGAUUCCUGCACUGCUGAGCAUUAUUUUCGCAUUGAUCGCGCCCAGGAGCAUUUGCACUACAUCUGCGACAUUGCCAUCGAUGAGUUGUAUAUACUGGAUCAUGAGGCGGCCACGAUGCCACAGACACCGGACCAGGAGCGUUCGUUUGCGGCAUUCUCGCAGCGACAGGCGCAGAACGAGCGACGGCAAAUGGAUCAGGCGCAGGGACGCGGCAAUGGCAGCACGGAUGAGGACUUGCAAAUUGGCUCCAAGCCCAUUAAAGUGAUGAAGUGGAAGAGCAACAAAGAUCGUUUAUUCAGUUUUAACGAAGAUGUUUUUGGUUAUGGAUUCAGCCCUAUACUGGAGCAAACUUCCGAUGCCGUACUACUAGCAGCCCAGAGCGGCGAUCUCAAUAUGUUACGUGCACUACAUGAACAAGGAUACUCAUUACAAUCAGUGAACAAGAACGGGCAGACGGCGCUGCACUUUGCCUGCAAAUACAACCAUAAGGACAUUGUUAAAUACAUCAUUUCAUGUGCCACGCGACGCGUCAUCAACAUGGCGGACAAGGAGUGCGGUCAGACAGCGCUGCAUAUUGCCGCUGAGCAGAAUCGCCGCGACAUUUGCGUAAUGCUUGUGGCAGCUGGCGCCAAUUUGCAGGCUCGCGAUGCCGGCGGCAACACGGCCAUGAUGGUGGCAUUCAACAAGAAUGCCAACGAGAUUGCAACAUAUUUGGAAAGUAAGCUGGUUGAACAACAACAACAUCAACAACAUCAACAACAACAGCAGCUGGGUGUCGGCUGGUCCAAUUCCAAUUCCAAUUCGAAUUCCAAUUCAGAUUCCACAUCGCCGUCGGCCACCUCCAUGUAAAAACCCCCCGCAAAAGAGAAACACCAAAAUGAUUUUUGAAUUGAUCCACUGUAGAGAUCUCGCUAGCUGUGCACAAACAACAACAACAACAACAUCCAUCAAAUUUUAAUAUAAUUAUAAAUAAUUAAUCGUAGUGAAGCCAACGCCCAAAAAAAAACAAAAUACUAACAAAUGAAAUCAUCUGGCUGCUUCAAAUCCGUUUCCAUCUGGUAAUUAUCUAACUAAUCAGCGAAUUUCCUUCUUUUUUGCUCUCGCUCUCACGCCAAAUGGAAAUUGUCUCACAACAAAAAACAAAAAACCAAAAACAAAAAUGUACAUUGUAAAUAAAACAACAAACCCAAUGCGAAUAACAACAUUCCAAUGCAAACGACAAAUGUGCAACAAAUGAAACAAACUGCUUCUUUCACCUAAGGUCAAGAGCGUUUCAUGCAUUUGGAGGUGCAAACCAGAAUUUAAAUGUUUAUCGAAUUAAUCAAAAUACACCACUAAAUGAAAAGCAAAAACUAAAAUCUCAAAAACCAAAAACGAAAAUGUUUUGCAAACAUUUCACUCCCGUUUCGCUUUUGAAAGUUUUCAUUUAUUGUUCAACAAAAAUUCAAAAGAAAAACAAAAUGAAAAACAAAAAAACUGAGUCCAGUUAGUUAUAUUGUCUAUAGUUUUUGGUCAGAUUUUGUCGGUAGCAAUUAAAGAGCGAAUGCAGACAUGCAUUAUAAAAAUUAAAAUAAAUAAUUACAAAUUUAAGAAUUACAAUUAAUUUAAUUGUUAAGCAACGAAUUCACAACAACACAACACAUUUAGGCGUUGGUCUUUUUGUUUUUAGCAACUAAGUGACAAUUCAUUUACUCAAUUCAUAAGCAAGAAAACAAAAACCAAAAAUACAGAAAGCAAACAAGAACAAAAUGCAAAUUUCCACUCACGUAUAUAAAACACACACACACACCUAAGAAAAGUGUGUGUUAAACUAUUGUUUUGAAUUCUUUGGCAAACAAAAUUAAAAGAUGAUUAUAUUGUGAUAUCUAAAUUUAAUUGUACUAAAAUCUAUAACUAAAAAAAAACUAAAUAAGAACGCAUUCUAAUUAUACUGAUAAUAAUAUUAAUAAUAAUAAUAAUAAAAUGCAAGCAACUUAUCAAUUUGUUGGACUUGAGAGAAAGUGCAAGAGAAAGCAAACCGAGGCCCACGAGGCGUAUGAUUGAUGUUGAUAUUAGCCAAGACAUUUUUUGCUGUAUAUACUACGAAGAAUAUGAGAGAAUAUUGAUAAACCACAACAAUAACAGCAAGUUCUAAAUAUUUAUUCACACUCACACACGUAUAAAUUAUAUAGUAGCACACACACACACACACAUACACAUAAGUAUAUAUAGAUAUUGUUUUUUUUUGUGGAAAAUUUCGAUUAAGAGAAAUAAAUGUAAAAUAACUGUUGUAAAUUGCAAUACAAGCCAAAAGAAAAGCAGCGCAGCAGCAGCAAGCGGCAGAAAAGAUAAUGAAUAUUCUAACUGGACAGCAUAAUGUAUUUCACACACACACACACACGGCACACUCUUGGCACACACACACACACACAGUCCCAUGCGCACACUCUGAUCUAAGCAAUGCACAACCCAGAAAAAGUUCCGUAUUUUCAAGUCUUCGGUUCUCUGGUAAACUCUCCCAUCUCUCGCUAUCUUCCUUGAUCCCUCCCCCUCUCUAUAUAUCUAGUAGCUCUUCAACGCACUCUCAAUGUGUUUCAAAUUGAAUUAAAGACUUUCACAGAGACUUAAGCGCCCGUCCUCACCCGCCCAACCCUCAAUAAACAAAUAAAACAACCAACAAGCAACAACCGACAAGAACAAGAACAAGUGAAGUGAAAACUAUAUACUUACUUAGUGUAGACUCUAGAAGAUACUAUAUAUACAUAUAUAUAUAUAUACUUGUAAAGACUAUUGGAAACUCUAAACGACUUUAAAACACAACAACAAUAACAACAACAAAAGAACAACAACAACUACUACUACCACAGCAACAAGAAUUACGACUACAACAGGAAUAUAUAGAGAAUAUGAAAAUAAUCUUAACAAACAAAGAUAUAUAUACAUACAUAUAUUUAUGUGUGUGUAUAUAGUUAAAGAUAAGAAUAAACUAUCUACUACAUAUAUGAAUACCUAAAAAUAUAUAUACAUAUAUAUAUUUUAUCAAGAAACCAAAAUCAAACACAGAUUAAUAUUGUAGUUGAUUAAGUGCUAAAUUAAUUACGCGUAAUCUCGGUAUUAUUCAACAACAAAUGCAUAUGCACAUGUAUAUGUGUUGUUUUACUUGUAUGUGUUUCUUAGUACGUACGUAUGUGUAGAAUAGUUCAAUUUUUUGCAUUAGAUUCGUUCAUUGUCCCCCUCUCUCUCUCUCUCUCUCUCUCUGUCUGUCUCACUCUCCGAUUCUAAGUUCGAAUGUGAAAAUGCGCUAAAAGUCAAUUACGUUUCAAAAAAUAUUUCCAAUAUUCGGUUCUAAGCAAAUACGAAGUAUGCAAUAAAGAAAAUGGCAAAACAGAAAAGAAAAUCUCACUAUUGAAAAUAAGUCAUAACGUAAUUAACUAUUUAGUGAGCAUCCUUACACAACGACAACGACACAACACCACACAGACAACACACUACACAAAGCUCUGAACUAAAUGUAAUUGUAAUUGUAAUUGUAAUUGUAAUUAAUUAAGUGUAAUUAGCGGCCAAAACUCGACUGAACUGCGAUUGGCCCUUGGCUCUUGGCUCGAGCAUUUUAAUCGGGCUGCGAUGAUCACUCGAGUUUUGAGACACUUUUCGACUAACUACGAAGAUUUGUUAAGCAAAGAAAAUUAUGUUUUGGAUUUCGCGUAUGUAACGAGAGAAUGUAAUACAAUGCAGAAGAAGCAAGUCCGAGGCGAUUGCGGGGAGAGCACGAUUUGUGGCAGAGCUUUUGGGGGCACACAGCUAAAUGCCCCGCAAACGUGCACCCAAAGCAGCUGCCACAAUUUGCAUCAAUGUGAUCGCCUCAGCAACGUAUGAAGCAGUAAUAGUAAUCAAAGAAUUGAAGAAGAUUUAUUGAAGAAGCUGCAAGUCUUAUUUAGCAAAUGACAAUCUAGUGAAUUUUUAGCAAAGAACAAAAUGCGUUUGCUAAACAAAGUACAACUAAUAAUAAAUAAUAAAUAAUAAAUAACAAGCAAAAAAGGAAAUCUAAUAAUAUUUAUUAAUAAGCAACUAUUCCCGCAUUACUAUCGCUUAACUAUCGAUUAACAAAACACAACACAACUGAAACAAAAUCUAUCUCUAAAUUGAAAUUGAAAUUGAAAUUGUAGUUUGAGGAAUUAUUGAAAUGAACAAGUGAAAUCAAAAUGAGUGGCAACGAUUGAUUGAUUGACGAUUGACAAAACUGAAACAAAUAAAGAAACAAAUUACUAUGACAGUGUUGUUAGUACUAAGAGGAAAGGUACUAACUACCGUCGGGAGAAUGAACGAACGAACAAAGAAAGAAACAAACAAGCAAACAAACAAAUAAUUGAAAGAACGUUUGUAGAUGGGGGUUAUAUUCACCUGUUCGGAAAACAACCGGGUCCAAGCCAAACUAAGAAUAUAUUUUCGUGUAUUUUGUGUACAUUACGAAAGAUGAAAUAUAUAGAAAACUUACAUACAUUAAUAUGGCAUACAUCACAUAAAUACCUGUACUACUUCCAAUGCCUUACACUCAAUCACCAGACGCCUCAACACACACACACACACACUGACAUACAAUACAGACACAGACAGAAACUAAGUUCCAAUUGCAAAUCACAGACACCAAUAAGGAUAGAGAAACACACACACACACACACACAUACAAUCUGUUGAAUGUUCUUUAAGCAAAAUACAUAAAAGCUGCAUAGUUAUGUAUAUGUGUGUACAUAGAAGCAUGUGUAUAUAUUGGACACAUACAUCGUAUCGUAUCGUAUGUACAUAUAUAUACAUAGAUACUAUAUAGAAGCUAUACAUUAAUAUUAUAUACAUACAUACAUAUACUAUAUAUACAUACAUAUAUUUUUUUCUAAGCAUAUAAGAGAAUUGUUGAACAAAUGGUAAACAACAUGAAACGCAAGUCUUAUGAAAACCUAGAAUCUAAGGCAACUGAAAUUGUAAAGGAAGCAAAAACAGUAAACAAUAAAAAACAAACACAAAAAAAAAAACCGAAACUAAAACAAAAACAAAUACCAUAAGGGAAGCAGAAGAACAAAACUAAAAAAAAUA